AUGUCACAACAGACUAUCCUCUCAGAGAAGCAGCAAUUAGCGCAAGAGCUCGAGAAGAAGCAACCUCAGAACAAUGACCUUGAGAGUCAGAGUCCAGGAUCACCACCACCAGCACGACCAGUCUUCUUACUAUUGUGGUUGCUAUUCGUCCUGGGCACAGUGGCCACGAUAGUCUCUUCGAACUGGAGCAAGCCAGAUUGCCUGAACAAGGCCCAACACAUACUACACAAGUCGACAAACCCAGUUACUACAAGUACAUCAUUGCCAAAGUCGGCACCAACAAGCACAUGCGAUAACCUCACACUCCGCCGCGAAUGGCGAAGCAUGAAACCUCUGGAGCAAGCACGUUACAGAAGUGCUGUUCGCUGCCUUCUCGACCUACCCUCCAAGAACGACAACACCGGCAACAGACUUGGUGACUUCUUGUCUGCCUACAGCGUAUCCGGCUGGCACGCGACACAAACCUCAGACUACCUUCCCUGGAACCGCUUCUUCAUGCAUAGCCUUGAAUCUGCUCUGCGGAACGAAUGCGCGUACAGAGGAGACAUGCCUUACCUCGACUGGACUGUUGCUGCUGCCUAUCCAGAGUCUCUCGGAGAACCCGCAUCAGCUACGACAGCCUCACCGCAAGCCGCUUUCCAUGACAAACUCACAAAACAACAUCUUGACCCUGCGCUCGUGUCUGAGAUUAUGUCUGCCGGCACUUACGACGACUUUGCACACGUCCUCGAAGCUCGUAUUACCUCCUUGGCACCCUUUGACCUUUCAAGCCCUGAACUGCCUCAAGAUCCUCUUUUCUUGCACCAAUUGCAGGUAGAUCGUCUGUGGUGGCUGUGGCAACAACAACACCCCAAGGCAGAGAUGCUGGUUGAAGACGAACGCGUAAGGUUGCAUGGAUUUGGCAACUCUAUUGCAGUCAAGAGUGUUGCCUCGACAGAGGGUUAUGACCUUUGUUAUAGAUAUGUUUAA